GCUGGCCAGCAAAAUGGUGGACUCGCAGUACGUGCUGCCCAAUGACGUGGGGCUGGCGCUCCUGGACUGCAGCGAGGCCUUCCGGCUGCUGCUGCGGGGCGAGCGGCUCUACGCCCACUACCUGUCACGUGCCUGCUGGUAUGGGGGGCUGGUUGUGCUGCUCCAGACCUCACCUGAGGCACCAGCCAUCUAUGUGCUGCUCUCCCGCCUCUUCCGUGCCCAGGACCCUGACCAGCUGGGGGAAUUGGCACGCUCCACUGGCCUCACUGACCAGGAGUACCAGGCGUUCCUGGUUUACGCUGCUGGCGUCUUUUCCAACAUGGGGAACUACAAAUCUUUUGGGGACACCAAGUUUGUGCCCAACUUGCCCAAGGAUAAGCUCCGACGACUGAUCUGGCAGAGCCAGGCAUUCCAGGAGCAGCCGGAGGAGAUGAAGUUGCUGUGGGAUAGGUGUGGGGAGCUGAUGUUCUCGCUGGACGCACAGCAGAGACAGCUGGGGCUUAGAGAAAAGGGUACCACCACCUAUUUCUCUGGGAACUGCUGUUUGGAGGAUGCCCAGCUAGCCCAGAAAUUCCUCGACUCGCAGAACAUCAGUGCCUACAACACACGGCUCUUCAAGGAGAAGGACAAGGCAGGGCAGACAUGCUACGAGGUGCGACUGGCAUCAGUGCUGGGCACUGAUGCACCCGUCGACCAUGAGCUGGCCCCCAAGCUACGCAGCUUUGAGUUUGAGGGCUGCACGUUCCGUGUGACCCGCGGGGACUACGCACCCCUGCUGGAGAGAGUGGUGGAGAACCUACAGCGCACCAAGGCUCAUGCUGCCAACACCAACCAGGAGCACAUGCUGGAGCAUUACAUCCGUAGCUUCACUCAGGGUUCCAUUGCGGCCCACAAGGAAGGUUCCCGCUGCUGGAUCCGUGACAAGGGGCCUAUUGUCGAAAGUUACAUCGGCUUUAUUGAAAGCUACCGAGACCCCUAUGGCUCCCGGGGGGAGUUUGAAGGAUUUGUGGCUGUCGUGAACAAGGCCAUGGCCAUUGGCAUGGGAGACCAGACCAUAUGUAAGGCCCGCUGGUCUGUCCCCUUGACAUGCUCUUGCCUCAUGGUGAGUGUUGGCCUCAAUGCCCUAGCAAGGCCCUAUGGGGCGCUAUGCUGCAGGGAGGAUUCAAUAGGGGGUGUUUUCCCCUUGCAAUCAGUUCUGACCCCAAUGCAGCACAUCAACAUCCACAACUAUGACGACAUCCGCCAGACCGAAGGUUUCAAGAAUGUGUCCCUGGGCAACGUGCUGUCAGUGGCUUAUGCCACCCAGAAGGACAAACUGACCUUCCUCGCUGAGGAGGACAAGGACCUGUACAUUAAGUGGAAGGGGCCAUCAUUUGAGGUGCAGGUCGGGCUUCACGAGCUGCUGGGGCAUGGCAGUGGGAAGCUCUUUGUGCAGGAGGAGAAGGGCACCUGUAACUUCGACAGAGAGGCUGUGAUCAACCCGGAGACGGGGGAACUGAUCCAGAGCUGGUACCGGGGCGGCGAGACGUGGGACAGCAAGUUCUCCACCAUCGCAUCGAGCUACGAGGAGUGUCGAGCCGAGUGCGUGGGGCUCUACCUCUGCCUCAACAAGGACGUGCUCCGGAUUUUUGAGCUGGAAGGUGAGGAUGCGGAAGACGUGAUCUACAUCAAUUGGCUGAACAUGGUGCGGGCUGGGCUGCUAGGGCUGGAGUUCUACACCCCUGAGACCGGCACCUGGCGCCAGGCUCACAUGCAGGCGCGCUUCGUGAUCCUGCGGGUACUGCUGGAGGCAGGCGAGGGGCUGGUGUCGCUGCAACACACCACGGGCGCUGACGGCAAACCCGAUGCACUCAUCACUCUCAACCGCAACAAGAUCCUGCCUGUGGGGAAGCCGGCCAUCGAGCGGUUCCUGCGCAGGCUGCAGGUGCUGAAGUCGACGGCGGAUGUGGCGGGGGGCCGGGCGCUCUACGGGGGUUUCUCAGCCGUGACAGACGAGGGGCCUGAGCGUUUCCUGAGCCUGCGCGACACCGUGCUGCUACGCAAGGAGGCACGCAAGAUGUUUGUGCAGGCCAACACCCGCCUGGAAGGCGAGGAUGUGACCCUGGUGCAAUACGAGGGUACCGCAGCCGGACUGAUCCGCUCCUUCUCCGAGCGAUUCCCUGAGGAUGCUGAGCUCUUGGAGCGCCAUCUGCUGGAGCUGUCGGACGCCGACUCCCACUUCUGGGCAAGCCGGGGCUGAGAACAGGGAGACCCAACCCCCACACUGCACAGGGGACUCAAUACACUCAGCUUUUGUACCUGC